GGAGAGGGAGAGGGAGAGAGAGAGAGAGAGAGAAGCCAGUUUCCUUACGUUUUAUUAUUUUUCGAAAGGCGUGUGAAUCAUUCGCUCGUUGGCAAGCAACGCGACCCUCGGCACCAGUUUCAGAUUGAUCGGCCAGAUGUCUGCCCUUCGAUGCUUUAGACCCUCGGUAUAAGCCAAGUCCGUGCUCUCGGGCUUUAAACUUUUCUAUUCGCGACGAGACGAGCUCGAGCGAAUGGAAAAUUAACGAUUUCGCGAAUCUUUUUUAACGUCGUUCUUAUCUCGUUUAUAUUUCUUUCUCGUAUUCGGGCGAUUCGUCUUCAUCAGAGAUUUCGAAUCAACUUGGAAUCGUUUUUGUCGUCGACCGAGAAAAUCCAGUUUUCGUGAUCCGUCUUUUUUGCGAUCGCACUUGUCGUUCCUCGGAACGAAGGAAGCUAAUUUAUUCUUGGUCGGCACGUUGCGUUCACGUAUGCAUACCGCGCGGAACGUCGCCGUGUUCUCAUCGUAAAAUCGCGUGUGAGAAAAGACACGACUCGCGUGGUGGCGUGGCUCGUCCGUACGAUCGACGGAUCUUUUUCUCCUUUCUAAGUAUUUUUCUUCCCUUCGUCGAUGUAACUCGCAAGCGUCGUUUACCUUCUUCGACUUCUUCAGACGUUUCCAACGUGCUCGGGAUGUAAUCUUCGACGACUCGUAUUGUAAAGACGGAGAGGCUAACGAAAGAAGAAAAAAAAAGGAAAAAGAAAAAAAAAGGAAAAGGAAUGUCUCGGAAUCGGCUCUGGAAUUUUCACGGCUUCGCGCGAACCGACCUGGUUCGAAUUUUCAAGCUUUCCUUCUACCAACUUCCUCGCGUCGAUCGAUAUCCAGCUUCUGCGUGUCUCAGGGUAUCUAGUUUUGUAAGACGAAUCGUUUCUCAUCGAGUUAUUUUUAGAUUCCGGAUCUUGGACGUUUGACGAUUCGAGCAUCGAAUACUUUCUCGUUCGCGUCUCUCUCCUUAUUUUUUCUUUUCUUUUUUUUUCUUUUCUCUUUCUUUUCUACCAUCUUUCUAUCAAAUCUCGAAACGAACGGUUACGUUACACGUUCGGUAUGUAAAAGGGAGAAGAGAUGGGAACGAUACGUCGAUCAAUUUCGAGCGAUCGUUCGAGAAAGGCAUAGAUUUUGCGAGUAUUCGUCAAAAGAGUACCGUUCUUUCGACGUACACGUUCGUAGAACGAAAUCGAACGUUAACGAUAGACGACGCACGUACGUCGUGGCGUGUACAACCUCGACGGCGAAUCGACGUACAAAAUCCACAGAGUUAUUAUCGACGCGGGCUGACUAACGAUCUAGAAAGCAACGCCACGGAGAGAUACGAUACUUCGGAGGAAGAAACCCGCUUGACUCUGGCCGAUCUCGCUUAAUGAUCCGUAAUAUCGCACAAUGACGAUCGGUGCGCGCGAUUUAGCUCGUAAAAUUUGCUACGGCGAGAUUACGCGCGCGUUUCGCGUACUUCUUCUCUUUCAAUCGAACAAAAUUCGAAUCUUUAACUUUAACCAAUAAGCUGACAUAAAUUUUCUAAUCUUUUUAUUACCGACGUAGACCGCCGAAUUCUUCUUCUCCGUUCUUUUCCUUUUUUCAUCUCUUUCCUCGAGGAGUGAUAGAAGCGGGAUGAGACUCUCGGACAGAAUUUUGGAGGUUCGGUGAGAAUUCGAGGAAUGAUUUCUCGCGUAUCUCCGAUCGUCGCGAGUCGACCGAUACGCGCGUACACGAUGUAAUCGUUCCGUCCGUAUUUAACCGAGGCGAAUAAUAAAACGUCUCACAGCUGACCGACUUUUGGUCGGCGAUAGCUCGACGAUAAGACCAAGCGUUCCUCGGCGCUCGAGAUAUCGACUCGGCACGCCAGUUUCGAGAUAUUAAUUAGGCUGAUCGGCCGGUAUCGCUCGGAGACGUGCGCGUGUCUCCUCGAUCGAGAACACGAACCAGACGACUGUUUUACGAGCCACCUUUAUUGCGAUCCCGAACGAACGGCUAAAUCGGAACGCGUCGAGUAUUAUGUCUCGGUGUUCGCGAUCUUUACGGAUAAGUGCUUUCGUAAUCGACGGUAAAACAGCAUCGUACCUAAGUACCGCCCAUGUAUCGAUGUUUCUAUAGUCUCCUACGAUGUUAGCCAAAGCCUCGAAUGCUCCGACGAAUAAUUUGAUCGAUGCUUCGACGUAACACGUCGUACACCGAACGUGUACGAGCUCAGUAAAUUCGAUGGAUCUAUUGUCGGACGGCGGAUGGACCUAUCGAUCCUUCCUUUUCAACGAGGGUUACGACGCCGACAUAGAUUUAUCACACGGCUCGCUUUCGAACGCGUUCUUCCCUCUGAAGCAAAAUUCCCUGAUAUUUGAAGAAAAAUUCAAGCGAUAUCGCGAUUAGAAAAACUCCCUUCAAAAAUCACCCUUCCACGUCGCAACAACGCUCGGUAGGGGGGCUCGAAAGGCGAAACCUUUAUUUUCCCACUCGCGGUAUUUAUUCGAUCGUGAAACGACUUCUGGGUGAUACCUACAGAGAGAAGAAUAGCUUUCGACGCGUACGGUCGGGCAGUCGCGAGUGCUCGUAAAUACGUUCGUACCGCGUUAAAAGUCUUUAAAGUCCGCGAUAAAGCCAGGUGGCUAUAGUUUGAUUUCAACCUACACCGCGUGUCUACGAUGUUCAUAGCAGCGAUUAUAGUUCGACGGACAAAGUGCACGAUCGAGACCGUCGAUGGAAGUACGUCCGUGAGCGGUUUUUAAUCAAAAGGUGAAAUCAAAAGAACCGUGGUGCUGUUGGUGCCGAUUGUGAGAGGAAGAUAGAUCGAUAGAUAGAUAGAUAGAUGGAUGGAUAGAUAGAAAGAAAGAAAGAUAGAUAGAUAGAUAGAUAGAUAGAUAGAUAACUACGAAGUGGAAAGAUCGAACGGUGGCUAUCGAUGCGCAGGGAACGGGUCGACUUCCUGUCAAACAUUUUCACGAAAACGAUCGUGGCCAUUAGUGGAAGGAGAAGGUGAAAUAACAAGGAAGAGGAGAGAGAGAGAGAGAGGGGAGAGAGAUGAAAGAGAGAAAGAUAGUGGAAAUAGCAGCAAAAGCUUCUGAACUUUAGCGUGCGCGCGCACGCGCGCGUUUGUGUGUGCGUGUAUUGUGUGGGUGUCUGUGCAGGUAUGUAAUGAUUCCGCCUAAGGGUGGAAAAAAUAUUUUGGAGAUCGAACAGUUUUUCUAUCGCUCGGUUGUCCGUAUCCGAGAGGUUUUCGUUGAAAAAUCGUUGGGAGAGUCUCUCUCUGUCUCUCUCUCUCUUAAAAUUAAGAGAGGAAAAGAGGCUCGAAUGAGCCGAUAUAUCUGGACCUCUGGUUGAAGAAGGCUUCGUAAGAGAACGAAGAGUAACUCGAUCCUUGGAGAAAAAAGGAAGAAAAGGAAGAAGAGAAAGAAUUGUUGGUGAAUCGAAUCAUCGAGAUGGAUGCCCUGGAAUUGCAAGCUGCCCUGGUCAAGUUGGAUCCGGCUACCACGGUGACGCCGAUCACUUCGAACGUCAAACUGAUGUCUCAUCAUCGUAUCGCCUUCGCCGUGGACGUCGACGACGACGAUCUGACCCUAAGGAAUUCUUCGGAGGUCGACGAAAAACAGUCGAGCGGUGGUUGCUCCAGCGAACAUCAGCAGAGUUCUGCAUCGACUACGACGGGGACGGGUACGACGGGGACGAGGAAACUUCAAAACGCGAAUUGCGGCGCUAGUCUGACCGUGACUACUCAUCAGAAUCAUCAGACCAGCCAACAACAGAUGGGUAUGUCCAAGUGUAAUCUCGUCGAGGUCAGGUGACGCCAGCCCUGCUUCGGCGUUAACAUGAUUUAUCAUACCUAUCCGCCGCACCGGGGUAGCAAGCACCACGGUAAACAUCAUGCGAAGGAGAAGAGACAUCAUCAUCACACUAUGCAUCAUCAGCAUCAUAGAGCU